UCAACCCCCAAAAGAAGUCCUACGCAUGCGCACAACGCUACCUCAACAGUUCUGACGCAUGUGCACUACUCAGCUUUAAUGUAACCUUAACGCAUGCGCACCAACAGUGUUCUCCGUGUAUCCGCCGGUCCGUCUUCGGAGAGUUAAGACCGCACAGGUGUCGUCGUUAGGAAGCCGAAGCACGGAAGGCUGUGAUGGCUCAGUUUGGGGGACAGAAGAACCCACCGUGGGCAGCUCAAUUCGCCGCGACGGCCGUAUCACAGCCAGGACACUCGGGGCAGCCGCUGGACCUUAACAGUCUGCACUCAUUGGGUGUCCAGCAGCCAUCUCUCCUGGGCGCCUCCCCGUCUAUGUACUCCCAGCAAUCGGCUCUGGCUGCUGCCUCGCUCAGCUCGCAGUCUGCUGCCAACUACCAGCUGUCCCAGCAGACUGCCACCCUGCAGCAGCAAGCGGCCGCAGCGGCCGCCGCCCUACAGCAGUCGCAGAUCAACACAGCCUUGCAGCAGUAUCAGCAGCAGCCCCAGCCCCCUCCACCGCAGCAGACCCUGUACAAUGUCCCUCACCAGAUGCCCCAGCCUCAGCCCGGCCUGCUCUCUCAGCCCCCGGUGGCUCUGCCCAGCCCCCAGCCGGCCGCGCAGAUCACCGUGUCGUACCCGACGCCGCGCUCUAGUCACCAGCAGCAGCCGCAGCCGCAGAAGCAGCGCGUGUUCACCGGCGUAGUCAGCAAGCUGCACGACACCUUCGGCUUCGUAGACGAGGAUGUCUUCUUCCAGCUCAGUGCGGUGAAGGGAAAGACACCCCAGGUGGGGGACCGGGUGCUGGUGGAGGCCGUGUACAAUCCUAACAUGCCCUUCAAGUGGAACGCCCAGCGGAUCCAGACGCUGCCUCAGCUGGCCAGCCAAACUAACCAGCCCCCUGGACCUGCCAUGAUGAAACCUGGGCCUAGCAUGCUGCAGUCUUUGCCCCCGCCCACCGCCUUCAGUGUCCCCACCCAGGCUCCGCCCCCCUCGCUUCUGCAGGCCCAGAUCUCGGCGGCAACCCUCGCCCCACUGCUGCAGACCCCCCCGCAGCCCCUGCUGCCACAGCCCCCCUCCAAAGAUGCCGUGUUCUCUGGGGGGCUGCUCCAGCCGCCGGUCAGGAUGAUGCCCCAGCAGCAGCCGGUACGGCGCAUGGACCCCGGGCCCCGCUUUCCCGGUCGUAACGACCGGCCCGAGCUCAUCCUCCGGAAGGACGACCGCAGCCGAGAGCGGGACCGUGAGCGCAGACGCUCCCGAGAGAGGACCCCGACACGCAAGCGCUCGCGUGACCGCUCCCCACGCCGUGAGCGCUCCCCUCGGCGCCCCCGUCGGGCCACUCCGCGCUACACCGUGCAGUUUUCCAAGUUCUCCCUGGAUGGGCGCAGCUGCGACAUGAUGGAACUGCGCAGGCGCUAUCAGAGCCUGUACAUCCCCAGCGAUUUCUUCAACGCCGAGUUCACCUGGGUGGAUGCGUUCCCCCUGUCCCGACCCUUCCAGUUUGGCAACUACUGCAAUUUUCACAUCAUGCACAAGGAGGUGGAUUCCCUGGUGAAAAACACAGCGGUGCUGGAGCCACCAGACGCCAACCACAGUUACAGCGCUAAGGUCAUGCUGCUGGCCACCCCCAGCAUGGAUGAGCUGUACCACAAGUCUUGCGCCCUGGCUGAAGACCCCCCAGAGCUCCGAGACUCCUUCCAGCACCCGGCUCGCCUCAUCAAGUUUCUGGUGGGCAUGAGAGGCAAAGACGAGGCCAUGGCCAUCGGGGGGCACUGGUCGCCCUCGCUGGACGGGGCCGACCCCGAGAACGACGCCUCUGUGCUCAUCAAGACGGCGAUACGUUGUUGUAAGGCUCUGACAGGCAUUGACCUGAGUUUAUGUACGCAGUGGUAUCGUUUUGCAGAGAUUCGCUAUCACCGCCCUGAGGAGACACACAAGGGCCGGACAGUGGGCGCACAUGUGGAGACAGUGGUUUUAUUUCUCCCGGAUGUUUGGCAUUGUCUUCCUACCCGCUCAGAGUGGGAGGGGCUGUCCCGGGGCCUCAAGGAGCAGCUGGCAGAGAAACUCGUGGCUGAACGAAAGGAAGCAGAUGGAGAACAGGAGGAGGAAGAGAAAGAUGAGGAUGACUCCAAGGAAGUCACGACUCCGACCCACUGGUCCAAGCUGGACCCCAAGACAAUGAAGGUGAGCGACCUGCGGAAGGAGCUAGAGAGCAGGUCACUGAGCUCCAAGGGGCUGAAGUCACAGCUGAUUGCACGACUGACCAAGCAGCUGAAAGGGGAGGAACAAGUUGAGGAGACCAAGGAGAUAGAGAAGCCCGAGGCUGGACCUGCGGAGGAGGAGGAGGCGGGCCGCACGGAGGACGACCGAGAGGAGGAGGAGCGCAGGCGGCUAGAGGAGCAGGAGAGGCAGCGGCGGGAGCGACGCUACAUCCUGCCGGAGGAGCCGAGCAUCAUCGUCCAUCCCAACUGGGGGGCCAAGAAUGGCAAGUUCGACUGUAGCAUCAUGUCCCUGAGCGUGCUGCUGGACUACCGGCUCGAAGACAACAAGGAGCACUCCUUCGAGGUGUCCCUGUUUGCCGAGCUGUUUAACGAGAUGCUGCAGCGGGACUUCGGUUACAGGAUCUACAAAGCCUUGGCUGCAGUCCCGAUCAAAGAAGACAAGCGGGACAAGAGGGACCUUAAGGGCAAGAAGGAGGCAGAGAAGAAAGACACUAAGAGAGACAAGGAGGAGGAGAACGGAGAGCCGUCUGCGAAGAAAGGCCGAGAGGACAAGAGGGAGGAAGACAAGGAGAGAACACUGAGGAAAGAGGAGUCGAGAGAUGAGGACGAGGACAGCACCACGAAUGCGGAGGAGUAUGACCCCCUGGAGGCUGAAGAGGCUGAGGAUGAUGAGGAUGACGAAGACUCUGAUGGGAGAGACCGGAGGGAUGACCGUCGAGAUGACAGGAAGUCAAGAGAGCGCUCCUCCAAAGACAAGGAAAAGGAGAAGAAGCAGAUGAUCACACACGACAAAGAUCUCCUCAUGGCCUUCGUGUACUUCGAUCAAAGCCAUUGUGGCUACCUCCUGGAGAAGGACUUGGAGGAGAUCAUGUACACACUGGGGCUGCACCUCUCUCGUGCUCAGGUCAAGAAAUUGCUAAAUAAGCCCCUGAUCAGAGAAUCGUGCUUCUACCGGAAGCUGACUGACCAAGCAAAAGAUGAGGCUGCCCCGCCCAUCAGCGAGGAGUCACCUGACAACCUUUCUGGAAACAGGGCGCUGCUGCCAUCCUGCAAGGUGAAGGGGGAGCCGAACGAGUCGGGCGGCUUGAUCGUGUACAACGGCGCCAUGGUGGACGUCGGCAGCGUACUGCAGAAGCUGGACAAGAGCGAGAGAGCCAGAGAGGAGAUCGAGCAGAAGCUGAUGCUGCAGGACACUAAAAUGGAGGAGGACGCAAAGGUGACAUCGCAGCUGGAAAGUGCCAACGGCAACCUACUGCGAGAGGUGGAGGAGCUGAAGAGCAGCCUUGGCCAGACGCAGAGGACACUGGCGACCACAGAGGAGACGCAGAGCUGCCUACAGGACCAGCUGCAGAAGACCGUGUGCAGCCUGACAACGGUGAUGAAGGAACUGCAGGGCGUGUUAAGAAAGGACCUUCCUGAGGAAGAGAGCGUCCCUAAAGUACAAACCAACGGCUCAGAGGACUGAGCCCUUUGUACAUGUGGGUUAGGUGUCACUGCUGUGGCCAUGUACAGAAUUUUGUUUACCAAUACAGUUCUGUUUCCAGAUUCUUCUCUAACGAUUUUAACUGAACUGGUUCUUUUCUUAACUAUGCUAAGCAGCCUUUGCUUUGCAGUUAUUUGACCGUACACACUUUUUGUUUGUGUGUAGAGCUCCACUUUAGCAAUAAGUGUGUUAUUUAUGUUUGUGGUGAAACUUCCUGAGUCUUUAACCAAUAAUAAACUGAUG